UUACCUUUCCAAUUCUUCGCUCUGUUUUUGUGCAAGGCACAGUACCCAGCCAGCAGACAUACAUAUUACAUAGGCAGAAAUCACACACACAAACACACACAAAACAAAGAGUGGCAGAUAAUGGAUAUACAGCCCCUACGCAGCGCAGAGAAUAGUAUUCAACAGCCAAAACAAGAACGACAAGAGAAACAGCUGAAGCUCCGGCGUGUCACCGUAGACCGACACACCAAGGUGGACGGGCGCCACAGGCGGGUCCGGAUACCGGUGAACUGCUGCCCAGGUGUUUUCCGGCUGACGGAGGAGCUGGGUCACCGCUCCGAUGGCCAGACCAUCCAGUGGCUCCUCAACCAGGUCCGUCCAGACCUCGUCCUCCCGGGCUCGUCCCGGGCUCGCCUGGCUCGCAACACGACCUGCACGGCCUCACCCACGUGCGCGACUGGGGUACAGGAAGAUGUUUUGGACCAGAAGGCCGUGGCUCUUAACCCAAGGCCCACGGUCAGGGCCACUGUGGUUCAGGCUUCUACGGUGUUCUACGAUACCCCGGCAACGUUGGAUAAGGCAGAGAGAUUGAUUGCUGGUGCUGCUGCAUAUGGCUCGCAACUAGUUGUGUUUCCAGAAGCAUUUGUUGGUGGUUAUCCACAUGGGGUGAUGUUUGAGGCUCCUUCAGAAACCCAUCUAUCAAACAAGGAGUUCCAAAAGUAUCUGGCCUCAGCUAUUGAUGUGCCAGGACCUGAAGUUGACAGACUUGCUGAAAUCUCGGGUAGAUAUAAAGUUCACUUGGUGAUGGGAGUAGUUGAAAGAGUUGAAUGUUCGCUCUUUAGUGCCAUUCUGUUUUUUGAUUCCCUUGGCCAUUAUCUUGGAAAACAUCGAAAGCUCAUGCCAAUGGCAUCAGAAUGUGCAGUGUGGCGGUCAGGAGAGAAAUCAUUACUGCCUGUACAUGAGACUCCAAUCGGGAAAAUAGGUGGCCUCAUUUGCUGGGACAAUAGAAUGCCUUCUCUAAGAACUGAAUUGUACGGAAAAGGUAUUGAAAUAUAUUGUGCACCUACGGCCGAAGCGAGGGAGAUAUGGCGGUCAUCAAUGACCCAUAUUGCCCUAGAAGGUAGCUGCUUUGUUCUAUCUGCCAACCAAUUCUGUAGAAGAAAAGAUUAUCUUCCGUCACUAGACGGUGUUUCUGGAGGUUCAGAUGGUGACAUCUCCGAUGAUACAAUCAUAUGCGCUGGAGGUAGUGUUAUUAUAUCACCGUCAGGGACCAUUCUGGCAGGACCUAAUUACCAAGGGGAAUCCCUCAUCUCAGCUGAUCUAGAUCUUGGAGAGAUUACUCAAGCAAAGCUAGAUUUUAGUGGAAUUGGGCAUCGUCUGGGACCAAACUUUGUCGAUCAGACUCCGGAUAGACUUGAUCCAAUUUUCUUAACAACUGCUGUGAAAACAGAAGUUCCUGAUGAGCUGUAAUGGUGACUUAGCUGUGCUAUAUUUGAGUUCUGGAACUAUUUCUGAGUCUUCUUGGCACCAAAUUAGGGUUUUUAUUAUCUCAUCUUAUGUACAGAGGUUAGGCAGUGGGUAAAUAUGUCAAAUACAUUUGAAGAAAUCAAACAUGUUGAAUA